AUGCUACGGCUGGCACACCGAGGCUGUUCUUCCAGGGUUCUGUCGAGUUGGCUGCAGCGACCGCAGUGUCAAGUUUGGACUCGGACUCUCGCUACCCAUACACAACAGUCGACGCUGGACGCCAGCUGCUCGGAUGACUUUGGGCCCUUGACGGAUAUCGAGAAAAUCAUGGUAAACAGCGUAAAGGCUACUGGACCACUCUCAUUUGCGACGUACAUGCAGCUUUGUUUGUCACACCCGAUACAUGGGUACUAUAUGAACCCACAACAUGCCGUCUUUGGCACCAGAGGAGAUUUCACGACCAGUCCCGAGAUCAGUCAAGUGUUCGGCGAGCUAGUGGCGGUAUGGAUGCUUGAGCGUUGGAUGAAUUUGGCACCUUCGCAACCGUUCCGCGUUGUUGAGCUGGGUCCCGGACGAGGAACUUUGAUGGACGACAUGCUACGGGUAACCCCCACUGGCCCUCGCCCUCCUUGUCUAUUCCCUGCGGCUCGCGCCAAGCUCACCAACGUGCAUCUCGUGGAAACUAGUCCCGCAAUGCGUACACUUCAGGAGUCGAAUCUCAAGCAUACCGUACAUAAUGGCAGUCCAGGGCUCGUAUGGCAUGACGCGCUUGAUGACGUUCCGCGCUCGCCAAACACGUAUACGAUGCUCGUCGCACAUGAGUUUUUUGACGCCUUACCCGUACAUCUCAUCGAGAAAACUUCUCGUGGUUGGCACGAGGUCCUCAUUGCGCUUUCCAAAGACCAGAGUAUCAGAUAUUCCACCCCUAGUGCACAGUCUAUUGGCAGCGUCCUACGUAGUGCCUCUCCCGAUGGCGUAUCAAAACCUCAAGUUAUGUCUUCCCGCUGGACACCAGUGAUAUCGCCCACCCCGACGGCUACAUCGACACUUCUUGGUAAUGUCUCUCCAAGAUUUUCAAUACUUCCUGUGGGGUCGCGCAUAGAAGUAUCUGGUGCAGCCGUCAAGGCCGUACGGUCUAUUGCGGAGCUCAUUACGCACGACGGAGUCGGUGGAUGUGCUCUCGUGAUUGACUAUGGCGCUGAGCAUGCAGUCGGAAAUUCACUGAGGGCAUUCAAAGAACAUAAAAUUGUAAAUAUAUUCCAUCGCCCUGGAGAAUGUGACAUCACCGCCAAUGUUGAUUUCGCAUUGUUAAAAGAGUCGCUUGGGCACAAUGUCACUCCGCUGGGUACGCUGUGCCAAGGGGAGUUCCUCAAACGUCUUGGUGUGCAACUCCGCGCUUCUUCUCUUAUUCGAGCUGCACCUACUACCGAGCGUAAAAAAGCUAUUGAAGAUGGUAUCAACAGGCUAGUGGACCCUCUUGGGAUGGGUGGCCAGUAUGCAGUGCUUGGGAUGACGUCGGAAAAGAAAAGUGGGCUGCCACACCAGGGUGUGUGGCCGUUCGUGGAUGACAGCAACGCAUAA